CCCCCGCGGCCCCCGGGCCAGGCGCCCCCGCCGCGACCAUGCGCUGCCGGCUGCUGUGCGCCCUGCUCGCCGCGUCGCUGGGCUGCGCCGUCCUGGGCCGCAACCUCCGGUACCGCAUCUACGAGGAGCAGCGGGUGGGCUCGGUGGUGGCGCGGCUGUCGGAGGACGCGGCCGAGGCGCUGCGGGGGCUGCCCGGCGCGGCCGUGCGCUUCCGGGCCAUGCAGCGGGGCAGCGCGCCCCUGCUGCGGGUGGACGAGGACACGGGCGAGGUCCGCGUGGGCGCGCCCAUCGACCGCGAGCAGCUGUGCGCGCGGAACCUCAACUGCUGCAUCGAGUUCGACGUGAUCACGCUCCCCACCGAGCACCUGCAGCUGUUCCACAUCGAGGUGGAGGUGCUGGACAUCAACGACAACGCCCCGCAGUUCGCGCGGCCCGUCAUCCCCAUCGAGAUCUCGGAGAGCGCGGCCGUGGGGACGCGCAUCCCGCUGGACGGCGCCUCGGACCCGGACGUGGGCGACAACGCCCUGCACACCUACUCGCUGUCCGCCAACGACUUCUUCGCCAUCGAGGUGCGGACCCGCACGGAUGGGGCCAAGUACGCGGAGCUCAUCGUGGUGCGGGAGCUGGACCGGGAGCUGCGCUCCAGCUACGAGCUCCUGCUCACGGCCUCCGACCUGGGGGUGCCCCAGAGGUCCGGCUCCUCCGUGCUCAAGAUCAGCAUCUCGGACUCCAACGACAACAGCCCGGCCUUCGGGCAGCCCUCCUACGUGAUCCAGCUCCCGGAGGACGCCCCGGUGGGCACGCUGCUCCUGGACCUCAACGCCACCGAUCCAGACGAGGGCGCCAACGGGAAGGUGGUCUACGCCUUCAGCAGCCAUGUGUCCCCCAGAAUCCUAGAGACUUUCAAGAUCGACUCAGAAACGGGGCGACUGACUCUCUUCAGGCAAGUGGACUACGAAGUCACCAAAUCCUACGAGAUCGACGUCCAGGCCCAAGACCUGGGCCCCAACUCCAUCCCAGCGCACUGCAAGAUCAUCAUCAAGGUGGUGGACGUCAACGACAACAGGCCGGACAUUAACAUCAACCUCAUGUCCCCCGGGAAAGAGGAAAUAUCCUACGUCUUUGAAGGGGACCCCGUUGACACGUUCGUGGCCCUGGUCAGGGUUCAGGACAAGGAUUCCGGGCCCAACGGGGAGAUCGUGUGCAGGCUUCACGGUCACGGCCACUUUAAACUUCAGAAGACUUACGAGAACAACUAUCUGAUCUUGACCAACGCCACGCUGGACCGAGAGAAGAGGUCCGAGUACAGCCUGACAGUCAUCGCCGAGGACAAGGGGACGCCCAGCCUGUCCACGGUGAAGCAUUUCACCGUUCAGAUCAAUGACAUAAACGACAACCCACCGCGCUUCCAGAGGAGUCGGUACGAAUUUGCCAUCUCGGAGAACAACUCGCCAGGGGCCUACAUCACCACCGUCACAGCCACGGACCCCGACCUGGGAGAAAACGGGCAGGUGACCUACACCAUCCUGGAGAGUCUUAUCCUGGGAAGCUCCAUAACGACCUACGUGACCAUCGACCCAUCCAAUGGAGCCAUCUACGCCCUCAGAAUCUUCGAUCACGAGGAGGUGAGUCAGAUCCCUUUCGUGGUCGAAGCGAGAGAUGGAGGAAGCCCAAAGCAACUGGCAAGCAACACCACAGUCGUGCUCACCGUCGUCGAUGAGAACGACAACGUCCCCGUGGUUAUAGGGCCCGCGCUGCGCAACGGCACUGCGGAAAUCUCCAUACCCAAGGGGGCCGACAGUGGCUUCCACGUCACAAGGAUCAGGGCAAUUGACAGAGACUCUGGGGUGAAUGCUGAGCUCAGUUGCUCCAUAGUAGCAGGCAACGAGGAGAACAUCUUCCUAAUUGACCCACGGUCAUGCGACAUCCACACCAACGUGAGCAUGGAGUCGGUUCCCCACACGGAGUGGGAGCUCGCCGUCGUCAUCCAGGACAAGGGCAGUCCUCAGCUGCACACCAGAGUCCUCCUGAAGUGCGUGAUCUUUGAGGACGCCGAGUCCGUGACCAGUACAGCAAUGACCUCAGUAAGCCAGGCGUCUCUGGAUGUCUCCAUGAUUAUAAUUAUCUCCCUGGGAGCAAUUUGUGCCGUGCUGUUGGUCAUCAUGGUGCUGUUUGCAACUCGGUGUAACCGAGAAAAGAAGGACACUAGAUCCUACAACUGCAGGGUAGCGGAGUCCACUUACCAGCACCACCCGAAGAGGCCAUCCAGGCAGAUUCACAAAGGGGACAUUACGCUGGUGCCUACCAUGAAUGGCACUCUGCCCAUCAGGUCUCAUCACAGGUCAUCUCCGUCUUCCUCUCCAACCUUGGAGAGAGGCCAGAUGGGCAGCCGGCAGAGUCACCACAGUCACCAGUCCCUCAACAGUUUGGUGACCAUCUCGUCCAACCACGUGCCAGAGAAUUUCUCCCUAGAGCUCACCCAUGCCACUCCGGCUGUUGAGCAGGUCUCCCAGCUUCUCUCAAUGCUCCACCAGGGGCAAUAUCAGCCAAGGCCAAGCUUUCGAGGCAACAAAUAUUCCAGGAGCUAUAGGUACGCCCUCCAAGAUAUGGACAAAUUUAGCUUGAAAGACAGUGGCCGUGGUGACAGUGAAGCAGGAGACAGUGAUUAUGAUUUGGGGCGAGAUUCACCAAUUGACAGGCUGCUGGGUGAAGGAUUCAGUGACCUGUUUCUUACAGAUGGAAGAAUUCCGGCAGCGAUGAGGCUUUGCACGGAGGAGUGCAGGGUCCUGGGACACUCUGACCAGUGUUGGAUGCCACCGCUGCCCUCGCCGUCCUCCGACUAUAGGAGUAACAUGUUCAUUCCGGGGGAGGACUUCCCAGCACAGCCCCAGCAGCAGCAUCCGCACCCGAGUCUGGAGGAGGACACCUCGCCUGCAGAUUCUGGUGAGAAGAAGAAGAGUUUUUCCACCUUUGGGAAGGACUCCCCAAACGAGGAGGACUCCGGGGACACCAGCACAUCCUCUCUGCUCUCGGAGAUGAGCAGUGUGUUCCAGCGCCUCUUGCCCCCUUCCCUGGACACCUAUCCCGAGGGUGGUGAGGUGGACCGGUCCAACUCUCUGGAACGUCGGAAGGGACCCCUGCCAGCCAAGACGGUGGGUUACCCCCAAGGUGUGGCCGCCUGGGCGGCCAGUACCCAUUUCCAAAAUCCCACCAACAGCUCUGGUCCCCCCCUUGGGACCCACUCCAGCGUGCAGCCUUCUUCGAAGUGGCUGCCGGCCAUGGAGGAGAUCCCCGAGAAUUAUGAAGAAGAUGACUUUGACAAUGUGCUCAAUCAUCUCAACGAUGGGAAGCACGAACUCAUGGAUGCCAGCGAGCUGGUGGCUGAGAUUAACAAACUGCUCCAGGACGUCCGCCAGAGCUAGGAGACGAUGCUGGCCACGCAUUUUUGUUUCCAUAUCUGUGGAAAUAGGGGACAGAGAAAGCCCCUGAAAGAACUGGCAUUGCCAAAUAAUUGCAUUUAUCAUAAAUGUGUCUGUGUAUAUUGAAUAUGAAAUACUGUAUUUUCGUAUGUACACAAUGCAAGUGUGAUUAUUUUAAUCUGUAUUUUAAAAAUACAUUUGUACCUUAUAUUUAUGUGUAAUUUAACAGACAAAUUUUAUUUUUUUACUCCCAUGAGAAACAUGUCUUUCCUAAUCACAUAGAAACUAGCCACUGUUCAAAUGUGAUCAUGCCAGUCAACCACAAAGUGUAAGGGCACUGUGUAGAUCAGUGACGUUGGGGAAGACGUUGCCAUGCUGUCGGAACAACCCCACUAAAACGUUAUACAGUCCUUAGUUUCGUUAAGUGAUCCAGUUUCUUUUCUCGAUACUUAAAAAAAAAAAAAAAAAAAAAAAAAAAAAAAAAGAAA